CUCUUUUGUCACAAAACAUAAGCCUUUUUCGCAGUUUUCUCCCUUCCGAGUCUCCAUUCCUUCUAAAACUAGCUCGUUGCCUUUCCUACAAGAGAAGUGUAGAGAUAGAUGGCUCCCUCAAUGAGGUUCCUCGUCUUUUUUUCUGUUCUUGCUCUCUCUCCUCUCUGUUUUGCAUUUCCUCAUCCCGACGGACACCUCUACCCACAGUUUUACGACCAUUCAUGCCCGAAAGCGCAAGAGAUUGUGGGAUCUGUCGUUGCCGAAGCUGUUGCAAAGGAAGCACGAAUGGCUGCUUCUCUGCUUCGGCUUCACUUCCAUGACUGCUUUGUCAAGGGCUGUGAUGCAUCCGUUCUUCUGGACAGCACCGGGACUUUCCUUAGCGAGAAGCGGUCCAACCCGAACCGGAAUUCGGCAAGAGGUUUCGAAGUCAUCGAUGAGAUCAAGUCUGCAUUGGAGAAGGAAUGCCCGCUUACGGUGUCCUGCGCUGACAUCGUAGCCCUUGCGGCAAGAGAUUCUACAGUUCUGGCCGGUGGUCCUAGCUGGGAGGUUCCAUUGGGGAGGAGGGACUCAUUGGGGGCAAGCUUGAGUGGCUCCAACAACAACAUUCCAGCUCCCAACAACACCCUUCCCACCAUCAUCACUAAGUUCAAGCUCCAAGGCCUCGACCUUGUCGAUCUGGUCGCUCUCUCUGGCAGCCACACGAUCGGGCAAUCUCGGUGCACCAGCUUCCGCCAACGGCUCUACAACCAGACAGGCAAUGGGCUCCCUGAUGGUACACUCGAUGCAGCCUACGCCGCCCAGUUGCGGACCCGAUGCCCGCAGUCGGGUGGCGACCAGAUCCUCUUUCCGUUGGACUUUGUGAGCCCCACCAAGUUCGAUAACAACUACUUCAGGAACCUCAUGGCCGAGAAGGGCCUCCUCAGCUCCGACGAGGUCCUCUUCACUAAGAGUGCAGCCACCAUGCAGCUGGUGAAGCUGUAUGCAGAGAACAAUGAGCUCUUCUUCGAGCAAUUUGCGAAUUCCAUGGUGAAGAUGGGCAACAUCUCCCCACUCACUGGGUUAAGGGGAGAGAUCAGGAAGCACUGCAGGAAGGUUAACCAUUAAAGUGGUGAACCAAUAUGGGAUUUGUCUCUAGUUGUCUUUGUAGCUUGUUCUGUUUUACAUGUGUGCGAGCUGCAUGCUGUUAUUGUUGUUGCUUCUCUUCUCGUAGAGGCAUAUUUUCGCUAGUGAAGCUUUCUAUACAAUCAAUAAAUUUGGACUUUAAACACAA